GGGCUGCUAAUACAGUCUACCAAGACUAUCCAGGCGCUGGACUCGCUGCAGCGGCAGUUGGCCAUCUCGUUCGGCCCGGACCUCCUGCCCGCGACGCAUCAUGGCGAGCCGCACGGCCUCCACUCCUCCAUGGCUGUAAUGCGGCGCCUCCUGGUUGACGCUCAGGCAAAGUUCCGCAGGAUGGUGGAGGAGAACAAGCAGCUGGCGGCGCGCAUCGACGGCGACCUGGCGGUGGCCCACGAAGAGGUGGCGGCGGUGCGCGGCGAGCUGCACGACGCGUCGCGACGCCUGGACGAGCACCUGGCCAAGGUGGCCGCGGGCGCCGGCGCCGACCCGAGCCCCUCGCCCAUCGCCGGAGCCGCCUCCGCCGCCGGCGACGCCUCCGCGACGGGCGGCGUCGGCGUCGGGGCGGCGUCCGCCUCUACAGCCGUGACUUCUGCUGCCGCCACCGCCGCGUCAGACGCGGACGCAGUGCCGGGCGGCGGCUCGCGUCCCAAGGGCAAGUCUGGGAGCUGCUCGGAGCGCGACGCCGUCAACAACCCGGCGGCCGCCAUGCGGCUGCGGCUCGAGAACGAGCGUCUCAAGUGCGAGGUGGCCGAGCUGCGCAUGCUGGUCGCCUCCAGGGACCUGACGGCCGCGGGCGCGGGGGCGGCCAACAGCGCGGCGGCCGGCGCCGAGGGGGCGGCGGGGGCGGCCGCACCAGCUGGCGGCGGCAGCGGAGCCGAGGAGUCGCUGCGCGUCCAGGCGCUCGACAUGGAGCUGCGGCACGCCCGCGAGGCGCUCGCAGCUUUGAAAGCCGAUCGGAAGAGGUUAAAAGCCGAGAAAUUCGACCUGUUGAACCAGAUGAAGCAGCUGUACGGGACGUUGGAAGACAAGGAGAAGGAGCUGCGAGAUUUCAUCAGGAAUUACGAACAGCGGAUGAGGGAGAGCGAGGCGUCACUGCAGCAGCUGUCGACGGAGCGCGAGGAGCGCGAGCGCGAGCGCUGGAGCCUGCUGCGGCACGCCCGCGACGAGGCCGAGCGCAGCCUCGCCCUGGCCGCGCAGCUCGACGCCAAGGAGCAGCACAUCCAGCAGCUGCAGGACCAGCUGCUAGAGGCUCGUCGGCAGCUGGCGGCCGUGCAGGGCGGCGGCGCCGUGGUGCUGGCGGGCGGCGGCGGCGGGCCGGGCAGCGGGGGCGGCAGCGGGGGCAGCGGCGGCGGCGGCGGCUGCCUGUCCGACCAGGAGAGCCUGGCCUCCAUGUCGCUGUCGGCGUCGCGCGCCAACGGCGGCCUGGCCACGCCCACCGCGGGGCUGGGCCUGCUGCCCGGAGACCGCGGCAGCUGCAGCGCGGACUCGGGCGUGCGCGGCAGCUCCGACCGCGAGUCGGGCGGCGCCACUUCGGGCGGCGGGAACCUCUCCGACUCCACCACCGACGGAACACCCACAAUCACCGUGGAAGGAAGCAAUGUUGAUACGGACUCAGUAUCUUUAAUAUCCUACAUAGCCACUCCACAUACCUGUCAAUCUGCUACAACACCAAAGGACUGCAGUCCUUCCUUGUCACCACUGAACGCAAAUGCCUUUUCGAAGUCCAUUGACAACAGCGUUCUCUCAAGGUCAGUUGAGCAGCUCAGCAAUCCUAUGGAAUUGGAGCCUCGAAGACCAAAAAAUGUGGCUCCUGUGAGUAGAAGUGGUGGUAGUAGAGGUGGAACAUGGGGCAGCAUAUCCAGAGUUUUUGCUCGAAGUCGACAUCGUAAGGCAGCCAGCCCAAGUCAGGAGGAAGCAUCAGAUGCAUACCGCAGUUGGUCACCGUUAACAGAGGAAGGGUAUGCAGAAAAACUGAGAUUGUUGAGAGAAGCUGCCUCCAUCCCAAUGGAAAGGUGGCGAGCACCUACAGUAUUAGCAUGGCUUGAAAUUGCUCUCGGUAUGCCACAGUACGGUCCUCGAUGUGCAGAGAAUGUUAAGAGUGGCAAGGUGCUUCUUGAACUUAGCGAUGUUGAGCUAGAACUUGGGCUAGGAAUAACACAUCCUAUGCACCGAAAAAAGCUUCGCCUGGCCAUUGAAGAGCAUAGGCACCCUGCACUUGUGCGAUACCCAUGUAUAGCACAGCUAGGACACACAUGGGUGUCCAGUGAGUGGUUACCAGACCUUGGUCUUGCUCAGUAUUCAGAGAAUUUUGCAACAAACAUGGUGGAUGCAAGGAUGCUGGAUCACCUCAGCAAGAAGGAGCUGGAGAAAUUUCUUGGUGUAACAAGGAAAUUUCACCAAGCCUCUAUUGUCCAUGGAAUUCACCUUUUAAGAAUGAUGAAAUAUGACAGACAGGCACUUGCAGUCCGGAGACAUCAAUGUGAAACAAUUGAUGCAGAUCCUCUUGUCUGGACAAAUCAAAGAUUCAUUAGAUGGGCAAGAAAUAUUGAUCUCAGUGAAUAUGCAGAGAACUUAAAGGAUAGUGGUGUCCAUGGAGCCUUAGUUGUCCUUGAGCCUUCAUUCAAUGGUGACACAAUGGCAACAGCCUUAGGCAUACCUCCUUCAAAGAACAUCAUACGGCGACACCUCAGCACGGAGCUGGAGGCAUUAGUACUGCCUGCCAGAGCUGCUUUUGAGCACUUUGUGCGCGUAAGCAAGUCGGAGCGUAGGCGUGCUGAGAAGUUGGUCGGUGGGGGAAGUCUGGGGCGGAGCUUCUCUCGCUCUUACGCAGGUGGGCUGGCAGAGCGUUCAUCCCCAGCUACUGAACGCCCUGGUCCUGGGCCCGCACCUGAGCAAGAGAAGGAACGCAGGCGUUCUAGUCUCAGAACCUACAGUCUCCUGUAUUUGAAAAAGGGGUCUUUAAGUCGCGCUUUGGGACUGAAGAUGCGUCAGGACAACAGCAGCAAAAGAGACAGUCGUGACUUUACAGGCAAUAGUAAUGGGAUAGCAUCACCAUCAUCCUCAUCAGAGAACAGCUCCUCAGUUGUCAGUUUCAACUGCAGAGUGCCAUCACCACAGCAGACAGAUGCCAAUAACAGUGCUUCACCACAGAGACCAGCAAUAGCAUCAUCUGGCACAUUGAAAAAGCGCCAUCAUCACCGUAGAGUAAAGUCUAUAGGAGAUAUUGACACAGUAACAGUAACACCUGUAUGAAGUUAAAGAUCAGAGUAUGUCAUCUGUUUUAACUUAAAAUGUUCCCAAGACAAUCAAGUGGAAUAUGAUACAAAAUUGUUGUAUAUCAGAAACAAUAUUAUUAAAUCUUUUUCCAGAUGCCUCAGAGUCUUCGUAUUGAACAAAAUUAUUCUUUGACAAACAAAACAAAAAUGAGGCAUAUCAGAUACAUGAGUGGACCAAGGUAUAAGUAUUAAAUGCCAGUACUGUUACAAGAAUGGAAUUUUCACUAAAUCUGUUAAGUCCCUGAAUGUUUAAAUAACUAUGUGCAAAAUGUAAACACCAUGAAAUUAAAUAUAUCUAACUAAGCAGGUAAUUUUCUAUUAAAAAUGUAGAAGGCUGCCUAAAGAAACAUUGACAACUAUGCUGUAGUAAGAAUUUCCUAUGGAACCCUUAGCACACAUUCUCAUGAGAGUACAUCAGGCAAAAUACAUUAAAAGUUGUAUCUUUUGGGUGUAUUUAUAACAAUGAAUACAACUGUGAAAUAGAGACAAUUUCUUUUAAUUAAUUAUUUGCUUCUGCUUCAGUUAUAAAAUUGCUGGAUAAAAUAUCUUUACUGGAAUGUUACUAGAAAACACCAUUUUUCCUCUAUAAUGUGUCAGCCUUAGGUUAAUUAAUACUCAUCACAAUUUCUUUUGGGGCAGGUCUCAAUUAAUGACAACCCACAAGGAUGAAUGACCAUACUGAGAAGCCCUUAAACAGUAUAUUUUUCAGAUGAGAUAAAUCACAUUUUUCAGAAAUGAAUAAUUUUUUUUACUGAUGGUACACUUGUGUCAUCAGACAUUAAUCUAAGUUAAAGUAGAAAAAGUGAAUUGGUCCUCAAUUCAUGUAAAACAUAAAUGUGAAUAAUUAACAUCUCUGUCAACUUCCUUUAGUUCAUAUGCAGUGGGCAGAUGAAUUAAACAUGUCCAAAUGUUUUUUUUUUCCUCUCUUUUUCUUAAUUAUACAUGAGCAUGGCAACUGCGUGCCAAAGGGAACACAAAGGAAACUCUUCCCACAUUGUACUGAUAAUUAAAAGCAUACAGUUGUAAAUCUUGCUGGAUACUGACUAUAUCAAGUAUCUAUUGCGGUUCAAUGUGUAAAUACCAACUGUGAUAUCAGCUAUUUAAUUGUAGAAUAUAUGUGAUGUCAUUCUCCUUUAUAUAUGAUACUGUCUAGCAUAUCAAAUAUUCAGACGUCAGAAUUGAGAGUGCAGCUUUAAUCAACUGUUAGAGAAAAAAACAACAUAGUUUUUGCUAUACCUGACCGACUCUACAAAAAAGACGGAUACCACUCGUUAAUAUUGAAGCAAUAGUGCUGCAAUGAAAAUAAAAAUAUAACCAAUUUCGGAUACAUCCACACCUUUAAUUUCAAUGGUUCCUCACAAACAACUUGUCCACAUAAUCAAAAAUUUGUUUGUUUAUUUCUUAUAGGACAAUGACCUUAAAACAUUUAGAAAAUGGGUUCCUUUAUAGUUUCACUCAAAUAAAACAGCAGAUCUAUCACAUUAAAAUAAUGCAGAGAAAUACCCCAGUCAAUAUAUCUCACAUUAAUAGUGCAUUAUGUACUACACAUGUUCCUGAUAUUUAUCAACUUUAAUAUCUGAUGUGUUCCAAUAAAGGAGAUAGGACAUACUCGAUUCUGUAUGGGUGAAAGAGUUUAUUUAGCAACAAACAAUGCUGGAAUGUAUUUGCAUUUGCUCUGUAUCACAUAUCAUAAAUAUAAGACAUCAUAUUCUUACAUAUUCCAAGACAAAAAUAUUGAAAAAUGGGUACGCAGUUUAAAAAAAAAAAAACAGCUUAUCAUAAAUUGCUUCAAAAUAUAUUGUUGAUGCUACGAGUAAUAGCAGCUGAAAAUUACUUAGAUCCGAUAACAACUUCUGAAAGCAGAGAAGCAGAUAGAGGAGCACCAAUGGUGAUGUAUAAUGAAGAUUUGCUUUCAGUAAGAAAUAUCAGCAAUAUUUCUUUACAGAGUAAAGAAAAAGCUGAGUAAAAUUAUAUUGAAUGAAGAACAAGUGAAUGAUGCUGACUGUGGUUCUGAGUAGCUGAGAACCAGUUCUGUGAAUAAACUGAAGUGUUAUUAACCUGUAUCUGAUUAUGUAAUUUAUAAUGUGUAUAUUAAAGUAUUAAAAUGAAUAAAUGUAUGAUAAAAUCCUUUUA